GCCCCGGACAUCCGUGUUACCAGUCUUGUUGUGACCAUCUCAAGGAUAAUCACUGAUCUUGCCUAAAGAACUGAGGAAGAGUGCCUGCGAAAGUUCUGUGGUUGCUGCAUUUUGGGCUUUGGGAUCUAUCUCCUGAUCCACAACAAUCUCAACCUGCUCCCCUCCCUCACACUGGGCAAUGUGCUUAUCAUCGUGGGCUCCAUUAUCAUGGUGGUUGCCUUUCUGGGCUGCAUGGGCUCCAUCAAGGAGAACAAGUGCCUGCUUAUGUCGUUCUUUAUCCUGCUGCUGAUUAUCCUCCUUGCUGAGGUGACCUUGGCCAUCCUGCUCUUCGUGUAUGAACAGAAGUUGAAUAAUUAUGUGUCUGAGAGCCUGACUGACAGCAUUCAGCGAUACCACACGGACAACAGCACCAAGGCAGCAUGGGAUUCCAUCCAGUCAUUUCUGCAAUGUUGUGGUGUAAAUGGCACGAGUGAUUGGGCCGGUCACCCACCAGCAUCUUGCCCCUCGGGUCCACAAGUUCAGGGUUGCUAUGCAAAAGCAAAACUGUGGUUUCACUCCAACUUCCUGCACAUUGGAAUCAUCACCAUCUGUGUUUGUGUGAUCCAGGUGUUGGGGAUGUCCUUUGCGCUGACCUUGAACUGCCAGAUUGAUAAAACCAGCCAGGCCCUAGGGCUGUGACAUGAUACUGCCUUGUGCUGGAGAGGCUUAUUUCAUCUCUGGAAAGCCAAAAUCAGUUAUUAGCAUGAAGUCCUAAAUGAUCACCUCUUGGCCUGGUGUCUUUGUCCCUCUCUCAUCUUUUCCCUGUUUUGUCCCUGUAUCAUAGAACCAGAAAAGAGGGUAUUAGCCAGGCAUUUCCCAUCUCAGGCACCAGAACAAUGAUUCACCCACUCAUGGGACAGCUAUGUCCCUCAAGGAGGUGACACUAAUAUCUGAGCAUUUUUUGGACAUGAGAAGCCAAGAGAACCUGCAGCACUAAUGGUUCAAGGUCAAAGGAUGGGUCUGGGACUUGAAUUUUUGCAUCUUCUUAUUGUCAAAUAAGGCUCUAGCCUCUAAAUCAUGCCCAAUCCACUCUCCAAAGCCAAACAAAAGACAAGCUGAAGGGAGCUCUGGGGCCAGACUCAUUGUCACAACCCUCUGCUUCCUUUUGGCUGGGCCUGGUCCUUGACUACAGGAAUGACAGAGUACUUUCUCCAAAGGGUAAGGUUUCUUGCAACUUCCUUAUUAAAGGGCCUCAUUGAUUUAUUCUGUCUUUCCAGAAGAAACUGUCCAGUGAUUCAUAUCCUGACUUCAGCCAAUCUCUUAGCCUUUGAGUUACAUAGCUAUGGAAGAACUCAGCAGAACCAGUAUCUCUGGUGGUUUAGCUAAUAAUCACAUUUGUAAGAGUUUUGGUGUUAUUUUUCUAUCAAAUAAGGAUUUGUUAAUGUACUAUUUUAUCUCUUCAAUAAAUAAAAUAGCUUAUGAUCUCAA